UAUUUCAGUUUGGGUGAGCCGAACUUAUGCUAAGUGAUCAGUCUAUCCUAUAUCUCAUCCGUGGUGACACCGCUGUUGCUGUUGCUCAGUGAACGUUGUCGCUCGCGUUGGAACGGUUCGUGUUGUGAUGAGUGUUAGUUUAAAUACGAGUCAAUCUUGGACGCGCAAUUCGGCAGGAACGAAUUACCGCGUGUUUAAUCAGCGUUCUAACAAACACACAACGAGAACAAAAAUGUCAACCAAGGAGUGGAUCGGUGAACGUUAGAUGCGAAGACAUUUUGUACGAAUCUGGACAAGCGACAGUCGAGGGAAAGGCUGUAAGGUAUCCUGGCGCCAAAUCGCGAGGGGGUUCAGCAAUUCCUCAGAGACAUGAAGGAGCACUCAGCCUCGUCCCGACUCGAAGGCAGGGAUGCGCCUCAAAAAUCGCAAAGCAGCGCGGCAAGCCUGAUGUCUCUAGGUGCUGACAUAUCACCCAGUUCUUCCCACUUCUUCGAGGUGCUUUACGUAGGAAAAAUCAAGGUAUCGCAUCCAAAGGUAUCGGAGGCCUUUAUCGACGAUGCGCUCGUAAGGUUUCGCGUUCACGGUCUUGAGAAAUCGAGAUUAUCGACGACCAAUUUCCUCACCGAGUAUCAGCGUCAAUCAAUUUUAACGUCUUCCAAUAACAGGAGAAACAGCGCGGAAUCGAGCGCCAGCGAGACGGGAAGUAUCGAGAAUGUCUCAGGAAGCGGAAUCAUAUCAGCUAUCAAUCCUUUGGGAGUGCCGUCGACGCUCACCGGCUCGGUGGAGACCUUUCCAAAGCCGCAAAAUGCCAGCCUAGCGGAGAAAGAGGAACGCGAGGAGAAUCGGGAUGCCACGAACAACAAUUCGAUGCAUGCGCCAGAAGUGAUGCGAAACAGAGCAUCCUCGACCGGUAGCGUAUUGAAUUCCAGAAGAGAUUCCAUGGUUAAAACCGGCGACGAGCACAACCGUACGAUGCUCUUCCAGGUAGGCCGACAUGAUUUGAGAUUGAUCAGUCCGGAUAGAAAGCAGGUACUGCUUCAUAAACAAUUGAGAGAUGUAGCGAGCUGCGUGCAAGGCGUGAGAAAUUCAGAACACUUUGGUUUUAUUUGUAAAGAAAAUACCAUAGACUGCUUUAUCGGCUAUGUGUUCAAGUGUCAGUCGGAAUCAGUCGCGGAUGACCUUGUUGCUGCUAUUUCGCAAGCAUUUGUGGGGACCUGUGACGUUACGAGGAAAGAAAGAUAUCCUGUGAUUUCGUGCGAACACUGCCCUAUGUAUUGGUACAACAAGUUGUGCCAGGAAAUCGAUGGCCAGAACGACAGAAGAACUCAGAGUAUAAUCUUCUCGCGAAUGGAAUUGUUGCCGGAGGACGAACAGGAAAUCGUGGUUAACAAAUACAAAAGCGCCGAGGCCACUGGCGGCACCGGUACGUCUCUGCGCGAGCAAAAUCAGUUUUUAAUGAGGCUGUUGCGCGUUCAUUGCGAGGCGAAACAAGCGAGACAUGUCCACGAUACGGCUGAGAAUAGGAGUGAAUUUUUAAAUCAGUACUUAAGCGUAGGUGUUGGAAGCACAAUAUUUAUGAAAGCGAAACGCUCUCUUACAAAUAGCUUCGAUAAUCUGAUGAAAAGAAAGGGUUCGCGGGACGACCUUGGUCUUAUCUCGCAUUUGAGAGAUACGAGUCACCUCAAUGCUGUGAUACAAAAAAGCGGUAGCCAAAGCCCGGAAAUUUCGCGACAGUCAUCUAUCAUUGAUAUCUCACCGGAAACUAGUAGGCCAAGGUCUCUGAGAGUUUCACCUGAACAACAGUUAACUGUGAAUACCGGACCAAAGAGUUCUAUGAUGGACAUAUUUCUAAAGGUAGGAAAUUCGCCAAAAAUGUCACCGACAGAAACCGAUGGAAACAGUCCGGUCCAGUCGAACAGUUCCUGGAGACAAGCUAUAUUAAACAGAGUCGUGACACCCAGUAAAGAUCACGAGAAAGAGAACGAUAAAACCGGAAACAUUGGUAUUAAUAAGACACCUCAGACAACCCCAAAGCGCAGAACGAAACAAGAAUUAAGGGAUCUGUGGAAGAAAGCAAUUAAUCAACAGUUAAUACUUAUAAGAAUGGAGAAGGAGAACGCGAGGCUUAGGGUACGUCAAGAAGAAGCGACUGUUAAGAGAAUCAAAUUAGAAUAUGACGAGCUUAGUAGUUGUGCUCGCGAAUUGGUAGAAGUAUGGGAUCUUCUCGUGAGCAAAGAAUCGAGGGUUUCCACCAAAUGUGAUAAUCAAAUGCUGUUGCACGCUAUUAAACAAGGUGUACCAAAAGGAAAGAGAGGAGAAGUGUGGCAGUUCUUAGCCGAACAGUUUUGCUUGAAACAACCGCCCAUAGAUACACGCGAUUUUCCAAACUAUAAUACACCAUAUGAUGUGCUUUUGACACAGCUUACGUCACAGCAACAUGCAAUAUUGAUCGAUUUGGGACGAACGUUUCCAAAUCAUCCUUAUUUUAGUUCACCUCUAGGUCCAGGGCAAUUAGCGUUAUUCAAUUUGUUGAAAGCUUAUUCACUUUUAGACCACGAGGUUGGUUAUUGCCAGGGACUUAGUUUCGUUGCUGGAGUUCUGUUACUGCAUAUGUCCGAAGAUCAAGCAUUUUUUCUUCUACGGCACCUAAUGUUUCGAAGAGGCCUAAGGAAAUUGUAUCUUCCCGAUAUGGCGGCAUUGCAGCUAUAUUUAUAUCAAUUAUCUAGAUUACUACACGAUAGGUUACCAGCGAUUUAUAAUCAUUUCGAUAAACAGGAAGUUUCGCCUACACUGUACGCCGCGCCAUGGUUAUUGACCUUGUUCGCCAGUCAAUUUCCACUGGGUUUUGUAACUAGAGUAUUUGAUUUACUCUUUCUGGAAAGUACAGAAGUACUCUUCCGUGUAGCAAUGGCAUUAUUAGAAGAGCAUCAAGAUCAAUUAUUAACGUGUGACAGUUUCGAAGAAAUUAUGGAGUAUCUUAAAACCCGUGUACCAGCCGUGGAUAGAGAGGUUUUGGAUCGAGUGAUGAAACGCGUGUUCUACCCGGACCAAGAGAUCACGAAACAGUUGAACGAGUACAGGGUCGAGUACCAAGUGUUGCAGGAAGAAAUGAUGUCGGUGAAGCCGCAAAUGGAAAACUUGGAGAAGUUUAAGCUACUUAACAAACAGCUUACCCAAGAAGUAGCACAGCUGAACGAACAACUAGAAAUCACCAUGAGUAAUUUGCAUCGUCUGGAGACAGCGCGAUCGGUGCAACAAUCGACUCUAUUAAAACUCGAGUCCCAAAAUCGUAGUUUAGAAGUGACCGUUGCUACGUUGGGUGCGUUUAUCCAACAGUUAUCCGAAACCCGUCCCGACAUCGAGUUUCCCGGAGAGAUUCGUAGAAUUAUUGCACAACUGAGCAUUGCCGAGAAACGAAAGAACAGUAUUGUCCGAUCUUAUCCCUUAAAGUUGAUCGAGGACAAUACUAAACUGGGAAUGAUAAAAAGCAAUUCGACAGGUAGAGAAUCUCAUAAUUUCAUGAAAAACAAUAUCACCGUAGAGACACCUUAUCCUUUGAAAUCUACAUUGAGCCAACCGAAUUUAGCUACCAAACUCGAAAGGGUUUCGUCAUUCUUCUCCAAUUCGCACAACCACAUUCAGAAGCAGCGAGCUCAGUUAGCCGCUCUUAGAAACGAGUACGCUGAACAGACUAUUCGGAACGACGAGAAUGAUCCAAAAACUGUCAAUAUAGAUAUACAAAUCACCGAUGCGAUGAACUCGACCAACGAGCAGGUGGCGCAGAAUGAUAAUCAUCUAAAGGUUCAGGCGGUGAACUUGGAGAAAUCCGCGUCGUUGCCGCUGAACGCGAAGAUGAAGCUGAAGUCGUCGAAAUCGGCUUACGAAUUGGGCUCGAUUAAGAAAGUACCAACUACCAAGUUAGAAGUCACAAACGACGAUGAUGUGACUAACUUAACCGGAACAAUACAUCCUUUGGAUACUUGUAGCGACGUGAAUUUCAGAUACGGUGGAACGACGAAGUUGAAGUCGAUCAAAUCUACCAGACUUCCAAGCCCAAGCGGUCAAGAUGAAGCUGUGAGCAAGAAUGCUCAGAAUCAAAACAUGGAAACGUUGAACAGAUAACAAUUACUUAUGAUGUUACGCUCAAGGAAGAUACCUUGGAAGGUAACUAACUUGAGAAAGGUAUAUCCAAAAAGCUAAUUGUUAGCAACUGUAUUAUACGCUCGAUUCUUUACCUCCACCGUUUCAUACUGCAUUAGUUAUCUUGUAUACAACAGUUUUGAUACGAUGAUGAUCGAUUUUCAUUUUUUAACAACCGUGUCUGUUUAACUGACCGUCGACCGAAACGCUGACACUCGCACUUCCCUUUCGCGGUACUUAUACCAAUGAUUUUUAAUAUCUUACGAUGAAUGGAAAACAAACCAAGUCAAUUUAUAAUAUAUUAUACAGAUUUGACAAAUUGUCAAGGUUAGCUGAAUAUUUUAGUAUAUAGGUACAUGUACAUAAGAAAAGAAGAUAGAAAGGAUUCGUGCGAUGAAUGAAUAGCUAUUUAAAAAAUAUUCAUCUAAUUCGUAUAAUUUAUAUUAAUCUUGACGUGUAGGAAAAAAAUAAGAAAUAUCUACUUGAAUAUAACGUAACAGAUAUGCUGAGGAUGAGGGAUUUCUUUUAAAUGACAGUAACACAAAAAUAUUAGAUCUGUUGAAUUCUGGUGAAACAACAGAUUUGUAAAUAUUCCGUAAAGUAUAAUAUAUUAAAUUUCGUCGUUUUGACGAUUAUCAUUGUGUUACUGAUAUAAGUUUCUUAGAAUUCAACAAAUAGAGAAUCAUAUCCAUAAUGUAAAGUAAGUAUCAAAUUGUACAAUAUCGAGCGAAAUAGGCUUCGAAUUCGAUUAAGAAAUAAAUAUUAAACAAAAGACUAAAAUAUUUUUUAUUGUUAGCGUAUAGUUACCCAGUAUUUUUAUUUAUCAAUAAAGAUACUAGUUUUAAUAAACCAAUUGAAAUUUUUGACAACCUUUUAAAGCUGAUUAUAAAAUUUAGCUAACAAUAGGAAAUACAUCUUAUGUUUUUUAGUUCAAAGAAAUUCCUAAUUACUUUUGUGUAAAUCGUCGAGAGAAGUGCCAAACUUUCCCAAAAAAAGAAAAAAAAAAAGAAUUGUGGAUAG